AUGCGUCGAUGGGGAGGGUGUGGCACCUGUCGUUUGGCGGCAGCAGCUGGACGAUGUUUUUGGGAUCCGUACGGUCACCAGCCUGAGUCCAUGUUCCUUGAUCGCAAGGACUUGGAGCAGAUGUACCCCACCCGCAAGCCGAAAACGACAGGUGGUGAGUUUGGCUAUGAGCGCGGUCCGUACUGGAAUGCCAUGCUUGUGCCAAACCCCGCUGUACGUUUGCCGCAUGAACGUCGUCGCCUAAAUCCCAAGCCAGCCAAGCGUGUUACAGUUUUUGGAGCCAGUGGGUAUCUGGGGGCGGAGAUUGUGCGUGAAUUUUGUGAACAUCCCGACAUUGAGAAGGUUCGUGCUACAACCCGUUACCCCACACUUAUUCCUGCCGGAUCUGAACUUGAUAAGCUUCUCCAAAAAUAUCCAGAGAAGAUUGAACUCCAUGAAUGUGAUGUGACGGACCGCAUUCAAGUGAAUGUCGCUUCCAACGGUAGUGAUACUCUUGUAUUUGCUGUGGAUUAUCACGCAGAGUACGCCAACAAUAGUCAUCAUGAUGUAUUUUUGACAGGAUCCACUAAUGUGAGCUGGACAGCACGUAGUGUUCGUGCCGAGCGCGUGAUAUUUUGUAACGGUCUAGAUGCAACAUUUGCUUCUGAGUCGAACUACUGUGAUUUUCGAGCGCGCGCAGAAGACGCGGUUGGCGCCAACCAUCCAGAUGCGACAAUUAUUCGUUUUGGCCCACUUUUUGGGAAAAGAUAUCGUUAUCGUGGGUUGGGUCGCUACGUGUACCCUGCAUGCUUCCCUAAUUCCUUGGUGCAGCCAACGUGGGUUGUGGACGCGGCACGUGCUGUUGUGCGCUGUUCCAUGGCCCAUCGAGCUGUACGUUAUAAGUUUGACUUGGGUGGUCCUCAAACGCUGAGCCAUGUUGAAGCAUUUCGUCAGAUUGCAGCUCAUUUUGACUCUCGCCUUGUUGUUCCCUGUUAUCGUGGAAUUGGUCGUUUUUUUGGAAAGCUACUCCCAUGGGUGGUACCAAACCCCUGGUUUGACGACAACUGGAUUGUCACAUACGAGCUUGAUCAGGUGAACCGCCGUAGUACUCUCUUUGAUCGCCUUGCGUCGUGGGAGCGUAUCGCAUAUAAGCCUCAUAGUAUUUCUGAGGCUUCCGCAAUUGAAAGAGGGCAAGUUCCACUUCCUCCUCUUCAUGAGUUAGACGUGGCUUACAAGGCCCUUGAAGCAGCGGACAAGGCGGCCUUUGAAUUAGAGGAGGAAAAUGCGAAGAAGUAUGGUAUUCAUCGCGCCAAGGCCGAGCCGGGCUUCGGUCGUACCGAUGGUUUAGAGGCGCUUGCGCAGGAAAUUUACCCCGGACAACAGUUCCGCAUGCGUCCAUUGGAGGGCGCAAAAUACCCAUCGACUGUGAAGAAUCCAGGACCGGUGGCUAUUCAAUAG